AUGGCAUCUAUCUCCGACGAUAUUAGUCUGCGAACAAUGUCGAGAGCCAACUCGACCUCUGUACACGGCAACAUCAGCCCCUUGCAUCGGGCACCGACGCCGGUCUCUUCGGUUCAACCGCAUCCCGAUGCACAAGAGCAAGCAUUACCUGAUGUGGGAGAUCCCGACGACGAGAGCGAAACGCAACCUUCUCUCUCCUCAGUGUCAACGUCAUCGAACCCGGCCAGCCCAGGACAGGGGAACGACCGACGCUCUGAGCCCGUUCGACGCACACCGCACUGGAAAACAAUAGGGAUAAUCAUAGGCUUCAACUUUGCGGGAGCGCUGAUCGUUGCAAUCGAACCUUACACGUCUACUGAGAAGCUCGACAUAGCUGUGAUGAACCCGCCAAUUCCGCGCGACCUAGACUUUGCUGGAAAUGAAACCUUUCCAACAUUGAGUUUCGGCGGGUUUGGCUUCCAGGCGGGUCUUUCUCUCACUGUUAACGGCAAGCCCGUAGACGCCUCGCCGAAUGCAAGAACACUCGCAUACUACGGACCAAAUCCGGCCCUGCGUAGCAUUGCGCAAUCUAUCAUAAUCGACAACCGCGUAUUCAACCUGCCUGAACAUCCGGGUGAAAACUCAACGUAUAAACUCCAGUUCCGAGGUCCACAGUUGCGAUGCAAUUCUUCGCAGUACAGCAAUUCUAUUCCACUCGAGGAGACGGAUCCUAGAGCGCUUUCCGGAGAUGUUUUUGUUUCAAAGUGGCUGCCAGAUUUGCUAUCCCUCUCUGUUCAACAGCACAACAUCAGCGAUUAUUCGAUCUCGCGUAAUAAUCAAAACAUCACAGUUUAUGAAGCUCACGUGGAGACAACCGAGCAGGCUUGUAUUCCCAAGUCCGUCUUUAUCUGCUUCGUUGCCGCCAUUAUCUUCGCUGGUAUAGCAAUAUACUCACUAUCGCGGAAUGGUACACCUGCGGCGGAUGGCGGUUUCUUGCAGAUCAUGACGGCCACAAGGGGUAACACGGAGAUGGAACGGCUGGUAUUGCGACAAGACUUGACGAAUCUGGACAAGCUGCCGCUGGAGCUAAGGAGUCUCAAGGUACGGUACGGUGAACUAGUUGGCGCAGAGGUACCGGGAUACGAGGGGAGGUUUGGGUUCGGAACGGCCGAGGAAACCAUUAGACUGAGGAAACGGAAGUGA